UACCUGGUCAAAUUCCAAGGAUCACAUAACAUAUAGUAUAAAGAGAAAGAAGGAGCUCACACAGCUCAUAGAACAGAUUAAUCCCAUGACGAUGGAUAACCCCUUCAAUUGGAUUGCUUCCUUCAUUUUCCUUGCCUUCAUUUUAACUUUAGGAAAGAAAUGGAUGAAAUCCAAAACAGUAAAUGCUACCCAGAAGCUGCCACCAGGUCCAAAGAAGAUACCUUUCAUUGGAAAUUUGCAUAAUUUGCUGGGUUCAUUACCCCAUCAUGCUCUCGCAAAGUUAGCUAAAAAGUAUGGUGAUCUGAUGCAUCUACAGCUUGGUGAAGUAUCAGCUGUCGUGGUGUCAUCGCCACAUUCGGCAAAAGAGAUUCUGAAAACUCAUGAUCAUGUCUUUGCAGACAGGCCGGAAAUCCUAGUUGGCAAGAUCAUAUGCUAUGACAGUUCAAGCAUUGCAUUCUCUCAAUACGGAGACUAUUGGAGACAAAUGCGGAAAAUAUGCGCCAUGGAACUACUUAGUGCCAAAAGUGUUCGAUCAUUUGGCUCUAUUAGGCAAGAUGAGGUUUUGCAUCUGAUUUCAUCUAUUCAGGGUUCCACCAUUGGUGGACAACCAAUCAAUUUGACUGAAGAAAUUUCCUCAUUCACAAGUUCCAUGAUUUGCAGAGCAGCAUGCGGAAAAGUCUUUAGAGAACGAAUUACGCUCAUAAAAUUAAUGAAGGAAGUAUUGUCCCGAACGAGUGGGUUUGACAUCUCUGAUCUGUUCCCAUCCCAGAAGAUUCUCCACCGUCUAAGUUGGAUGAAGCCCGCAUUGCAGAAGCUGCACCACAAGAUUGAUGUGAUUUUGGAAAGCGUAAUCAAUGAGCAUAUUGAGAACUUAGCAAGAUCGAAAACGGUGAAUGGCGAGUUCGGCCAAGAAGAUCUAAUUGAUGUCCUAUUAAGGAUUAAAGAAAGUGGUGACCUUCAAUUUCCAAUUACCAACAAAACAAUCAAGGCUAUACUGUUUGAUAUGUUCACGGGGGGAACUGAAACUUCGGCCACAUUGGUUGAAUGGGCUAUGUCUGAGAUGAUAAGUGACGGGAUUUUUACUAUCAAUGUAAGUGACAAGCUUUUCCAUAGACUAAACGAUACGGCGACAUCCCUAAGGGAGUCUUAA